AUGCUAUCCAAAUCUUUCGCAUGGAGCGCAGCAUUCGCUGUCUCCUUCUCAACUUCAACUUCAGCUCUACCGUACGGUACAAGCAACUCGUCAGAGCCAACGCUGAAAUGGGCUCCAUGCGACCUACCCUUCGACAAGAACACCACAGAGGAGAUUGCCGGUCCAAUUGACUGCGCAACCCUCGAAGUACCGCUCGACUAUACGGAUCUUUCUUCCAACAACAACACAUUGACACUGCAAUUGAUCAAGCAGUCAGCAACAAAGGAACCAUUCAAAGGUACCAUCAUAUUUAAUCCUGGAGGUCCCGGCGGUUCCGGUGUUGAAGAGAUUGCUACUAAGGGCCAUGUGUAUCGUGAUGAAGUAUUCAAUGGACAGUACAACAUUGUUGGAUUUGACACACGUGGCACCGGACGCACAAUUCCAUUCGCGUGCGACGCUACCAAAGGCUCGAACACAACGACAAACUUCACAUCGAAUGCACACCCAAUCAAGAACAAUGAUACCACCUUUGCUUCCGUGGAUAUGUGGAACUUCCUCGAAACCAAGGCCUGGGACGAUGGGACGUGGUACGCCAGCUCAUGCGCAAACACCGAGGGCAUGGCUGACAUUGGUCGCUUCUUGGGUACCCCAUUCGUCGCUCGUGAUAUGGUUCGCAUAAUCGACGCAUUGGACGAAGAUGGCAAGCUACGGUUUUGGGGUCGCUCGUAUAGCACCAUUCUCGGACAAACAUUCGCUGCCAUGUUUCCCGAUCGCAUCGACCGCAUGCUACUCGAUAGCAACGUUCGCGCCAAUGACUACUACAGUGGCUCAUGGCUAACAGCUACAUCCGGUACUGAAAAGUCACUUGAGAAUUGGCUCCAGAACUGCAUCGACGCAGGCCCUGAGCUAUGCCCCGGCAUUUCGAAUUUCACCGGCGCGGACACCAAGGUGUCAGAUAUCAUGGACGCACUGACAGAGGUCUUCCAAGAACUGGAAGAAGACCCCAUCAUCCUUCCUGAGGACUACCUUUUUUACCCGAGCUACUUCUGGUUCCGGCCAGGCGGAUUCCCACUUCUGCAAGAAGCCAAGUAUAACAUUAUGCGGUUCCUCUAUCGCCCGGACCAAGCUUAUGAGUUUCUCCUUCCGAAGUUAACGCAAAUUCUGGCCAGAGACUGGGACUCUUACAUCAUCACCAUACCUAAGAAUGCGACUACUGCCGCCACCAACACCGCAGACGUCGAACUCCCCUGGUCAUUGGGCGCCAAUAACGUCCACGGCGUCAGCUGCUCGGACUCAGCGUUCCGCACUCAGAAGCCAGAAGACAUGUAUUCCAUACUAGCAGCGCAGUCAAAGCAGGGCCCCUUCGCAGAUGCCUUCUCGCCGCAGUUCUGGCCGUGCUCGCAGUGGCCAUUCAAGGCAGCGGAGCAAUAUGAAGGAAACUUCGAGAGCAUCAACACGAGCUAUCCUAUCCUCUUCGUCAACGGCGCUUACGACCCUAUUACACCCCUUGAUAAGGCUUGGGAGGUUGCGGCGGGCUUCCAGGGAUCGGUGCUUUUGACGCACAAGGGGCAAGGUCAUGGCUUCAUGAGUCAUCCUUCGAAUUGCACUAUCGAAGCGGUCCGUGAAUACUUCUUCGAAGGAACGCUGCCUGCGAAGGGUACGGAAUGCGAACCUAAUGAGGGUAUCUUUGAAUAUGCGGCGUCGAUUGUGGGAGAGGGAAGUGGAAGUGGGGACUAG